GAUCAAAGAUCGAAGUUUGAAGGGAAAGUAAGUGGAGCAUGAGUCAUUGUGAGAGCAUGAGAGCAACGAUCUGGGACCAAACAUGCUUCCCACUUCUCUCGUGAUCCUGCCGCUUGGCAUCCCUGCCGAGCUGCUGAGCGCCCAGCUGCCGAGCCGCUCACCGCCCAUCUGCCGCUCACCGCCUUGUGCGCAGUCUGAUCAUCCCAUCAAUAACGUAUACACAGCUCACAGCCUUUUGUUCUGCAUGCUGCAUGCAGCAUACUACAUGCUGCGAGUUGUAACAGUUGCUUCAGACAUGCUGCGGAAUACCAUAAUACUUCUAAUUGUGGAGAGGUAAUAAUUAGCCGUUCAAUAGAGAAGACGCUGAAACGCCCAGACUUGCCCGACAUGACCAAGACACGUGGGCGUCCCC